GCAAAUGGGCGACGUUUGCGUGGCUCACUUCACGAAGAUGUCUUACGUUGCAUCCGCCACCUGCCCUCGUACAUACAACUGGUUCUUGCGCGGCCAAUUCCCCUUGUCUCGUCUCUUUCUCAGAUUGGGUCGCCGCUAAGCCAUGACAACCGAUGCUUUCCCAGUAGUAUAUACAAUUAUGUAGGCGCGGGUGACACGGAAGAGUAUGCUCACGGAGAACCUGUGCAUAUUGCAGCAAGUGAGGUGGAGUCAGUUGCUACAGAUGUCUCAACAUUCAUCGAAAGAGGCGCCUUAACCGUUGCUUCCGACAAUUUUCCCACGCAUCAAAAUCAUCUUGUCGGGUUGCCACAGGACCCUGAGAAGAAUUUUUAA